GGUGUUUCUCCGCCGCUUCACCAGUCUCUCCCUCCCCCGCGUAGCGCUUCCACCAUGACCGAAGAUCCUCGAGCUCGCCUCCCCUCUAAAAUGCGCCGAAACCCUAACAGCCCCACUCUACGACGACGACGAGGACGACGAACCCUACGAAGACGAAGAGGCGAUCAUCUCCGGAUCGAUGAGAUCGCCUGGCGGAAACCCUACCACCGCCGCCACCACCACCACCAUCAGGGGGCCGCGGGCGUCGAAGGUGGCGGCUGCAGUGGCGGGGCCGCCGCCGCAGCUGACUCCGGCGAGGCGGAAGGGCGCCGCGGCGGCGACGGCGGCGGUGAGGGAGUGGCUGGUGGUGAAGGCGGACGGGAGGUCGCAACACGAGGAGGUGGGGAAGCAGCCGAUCAUGCGGCGCACGGGGCUGCAGCCGCGGGAUCUUAGGGUUUUGGAUCCUUUGCUUUCGUACCCUUCGACGAUUUUGGGGAGGGAGAGGGCGAUUGUCAUCAACCUCGAGCACGUCAAGGCCAUCAUCACCUCCUCCGAGGUGCUCAUAUCGAACGCCAUGGAUCCGUUGAUCGAGCCCUUGGUUCAGGAUCUAAGGGCGCGGUUAACGCUUUCCGAGCGCUCGCCGGAGCAGGGAAGCCCAAAGCUCAUGAUGGAUCUGCCAAGAAGUGGAAGUACGAAGGUCUUACCUUUUGAAUUCAGAGCACUCGAAGUUUGUCUUGAAUCUGCAUGCAAGAGCCUUGAGUGGGAGACUUCUGCGCUGGAGAAAGAAGCAUAUCCUGCUUUAGAUGAGUUGACUACUAAAGUCAGCACACUUAAUCUUGAAAAUGUAAGGCAAUUGAAGAGCCGUUUAGUGGCAAUAACAGGACGUGUCCAAAAGGUACGGGAUGACGUUGAACAUUUAUUGGAUGAUGACAUACACAUGGCUGCAAUGUACUUAACAGAGAAGCUUCUUCAUCGAGAAGCUGGUGGGUUGUCAUCAAGAUUUGACUUGGAUAAGGACCCAAUCAAACUUUGUGAAGAAAGGGAUGAAGAUGAACAUGAUGAUGAUGACAAAGAUUGGACUGAUGGUGAUAAUGAAAGCUUAAGUGGCUUUAAGCCUAACAUCCAUGAGCUCGAAAUGUUGUUAGAGGCUUAUUUUGUGCAGACAGAUGGGAUCUUAAACAAGCUAUCUACCCUGAGAGAGUACGUUGAUGACACUGAGGACUACAUCAACAUCAUGCUCGAUGACAAGCAGAACCAGUUGCUACAGAUGGGCAUCGUGCUCACCACUGCGACAUUAGUCGCCACCACCGGUAUUAUAGUCACUGGCUUUCUCAGUAUAAACGUUCACAUCCCACUCUACAAUUCUCCCUAUAUAAAGUUCUGGGAAACAGUGAUAGGUCUUACUGUAGUCGGCAUUAUUCUAUAUAUUAUAGUCCAUAUUUGGUACAAAAAGAGUGGCCUGCUCCAGUGAUAAAGCUUUGAUUGUAGUAACGAACUGUAUCGUAAGAACAACUUGAAGGCUGGAAGUAAGAUAUGCCAUGUACAAUUAGUUUGGAGUUAAGAUGUAAAACUUAGCUGUUAUUAUUUGGAUUAAGGAUUGGAUAGCUAGCAAUCUAUUGUUGGUCCGCAUCUGAUCAUGUACUAGGUGCUCUACAUGAUGUUAUUGGUGUAUCAGAAACAUCCUAUUACAGUACUGUAAAUUUUAAUAUAGCAUUUCCAGAGUCUCAACGUUUGACAAAGGGCAA